GCGACCUGCUCCAACCGUAUGUGCUCUUGCAUUUGACUCGAAAAAAACCCACCCCAAUCCCCCACGUUCCAGCGGCCUCGUUGCAAGCUUUCAGCUAUAUAUCCGCCAUCGCGCCUGCCCGCCCAGCCGUAACUCCAGCCGCACUCCAAAUUCCCCAGCACAAGUUGCCGCUGCAGCCAGCACCCGCCUUUUCCCCACCGCCCAGCUACCAAAGCUUCUGCACCAGCGGGAUUUUUUUUUUCGCGUCUUCCCGCACCCCACGCCACCGUCGCGCUGUUUUUUUUGCCCAACGGUCAAAGCAAAAGGAACAAAGGAACAGCAGCAGCAGCAGCAGCAGCAGCAUCUACCCAAUAACAAUAUUCUACCACACAACAAAACACCAGGACCCUUGUACGCCAGUGCUGCCCUAGUUUGCAGCUGGCUGGAAUCGACGCUCCUAACAUAGGGGCAAGCAAGAGUUUCGGGAAUCCGUCGAGCGGUGACUCGGAACCGGUGAUCACAUGCAACGCGCACAGUCUUCAGUGGAUUUCGCCAAUCUACUGAAUCCCGACACGGCUCCCGCAGGCCCUGCCCAGCAACAGCCCGCAAUCCGAGAGACGGCAACAGCAGCAGGAACAGACAUGGCAGCCGUCACCGCCAUCCGGCCCAAUGGCCCUCUGCCCAACGGCCAGUCCGUCUCGGAGCCGGCCAACAUGGAGAUGCCGCGGCCCUACAAGUGCCCACUCUGCGACAAGGCGUUCCACCGCCUGGAGCACCAGACCAGACACAUCCGCACCCACACGGGCGAGAAGCCUCAUGCCUGCCAGUUCCCCGGCUGCAGCAAAAAGUUCUCCCGCUCCGACGAGCUCACUCGCCACUCGAGGAUACACAACAACCCGAACUCGCGGAGGGGCGCCAAGGCCCAGGGCCAGCACCACCCCAUGAUGGGAGGCGGCCCCGACGGCAUGAUGCCGCCGCCUCCCCAGGGCCCCAAGGCCAUCCGCUCGGCUCCUCCCUCGAUCCUGGGAUCGCCCAACGUCUCGCCGCCCCAUUCCUACUCAUCGUACGCCACGCCGACCUCGGGCUUGAAUCCGCACACAAGUCCCUACUCGUACCACCGCGUCCCCGCCCCCCCUACCUCGCACAACAUGGACAUCACCAUGCUGGCCAAGGCCGCCCACCAGGUCGAGAGGGAAAACCUGAUGGCGCCGCCGCACCACCACGGCGCCCGCCACCACCCUUACUACAUGCACAGCUCGCACUCGUCCCGCGGCCACCUGCCGUCCCUGUCGAGCUACCACAUGUCCAGGUCGCACUCGCAUGACGACCACGACGACCACUACGCGUCCUCGUACAGGCAUCCGAAGCGGUCGAGGCCCAACUCGCCAAACUCGACGGCGCCCUCGUCUCCCACCUUCUCGCACGAUUCGCUCUCGCCGACGCCCGACCACACGCCGCUCGCCACGCCGGCCCACUCGCCUCGCCUGCGGCCGUCGUACCCCGGCACGACAUCGUACGAGCUCCCGCCAUUCCGCUCCCUCAGCCUGCAGCAGCACACGACGCCCGCCCUGGCCCCGAUGGAGCCGCAGGCCGACGCCCAGUACUCGUCGGGCCCGGCGCCUCCCGCUCCCUCGAGGUCCGGCGGCAUCUCGCUCGCCGACAUCAUGAGCAGACCGGACGGCUCGCAGCGCAAGCUGCCCGUGCCCCAGGUCGUCCCCAAGGUGGCCGUGCACGACCUGCUCACGCCCGCCGACGGCUUCCACCACCACAUGAGCGGCCGCAGUUCGUCCUCCAACAGUAUCUCGGGCGGUGACCUCAUGGACCGCAUGUGAGCCGCGUGUGUGGAGGUAGCGAGGAAGAGAUGGGAGCAAGCUGGCGGAGAACAAUGUCCUCUGCCUCUUGCCCAUGACGCCUUGGUAUGACAUGAUGACGAAUAAACUGUCUCUUUGCGUGUUCUGGGAUAGAAAUGGGGAAUAGACUGGAUAACCGGCGUCUGUUGCGAUUGUCUCGCUUUUUUUGUCAAGCACUUUUUUUUCUGUUUGUAUCCCUUACUACCCGUUUGGGACUGUUUUCUCCAUACACCUUCAGGAAUUCUCCUAAUCUGCCGUCCUGGUAUUUCCGGGCUGGCUUUUACUCGUCUUUCUCCUUCCAUUGUGACUUUUUCUUCUAUCACGGCAGCGAUCAUGUGCACCUGACACAUCGCUGGGACCUUGGUUGAUAAAAUGAGAUGGGCUUUUCUUUUCCUUUUUUAAUAGUUACACCUGGUGUUCCUACAACCACCGCGUUCUCGCGAAGCCUUGUCUUUUGUUAUCUCUAUCUCUCACUCUCCGCUACUAACCUGUGUUUACCAUGUUCUAGCACUCAACUCUUGUCACAAAAAAGUAUAACCAUAUCCUUUCAAUCUGUUUGUAAAUGUAUGGGGCGUCCCCGAGGAAGAGAAGAAUACGAGAAACUCUACGCUGUACCAUUGAUGCCAUGGUCCUCCACCCCUCAUUUGCUUGAUCCAGGGCUGAUGUGACGAAAGCAAAGGACGGGAG